AUGUGUUUGAACUAUCCCUGUGAUUGUAAGACUGAUGGUACUCCGUGUGAAUCAUGCAGGAUGACAGCCAAAGACAGGGAGACAGAGGAGGCCCACCUGUCCAAAAAUAUCAAUACAGAGGGCCAAGCCAGGAGGACAUGUGAGCCCGAGAUGAACAUCUCCUCCAUUGGAGCUGCGAAAGAGUGGGGCAGAAACUGGGGAUGGAUGCUGUCUGGGAUCAUUUGUUUAAACAUUUUGUUGCUGGGCUGCGCUUUGGUCAGCGGCAGUGCAUACAACAACGUCGACAUCAGCUCUUCUGACCUGCAGAGUUUCCUCAUCGUCCUCCUCCUCCUCACCUCCAUCUGGAUGAUUUAUUAUGCUAUCUAUACGAUCAAGCAUGAAAAUGCUGUUCUGUACAAGGAUGGCCAUGCCGGACCCGUGUGGCUCAAGGGAGGACUUGUGGUAUUUGGAUUCCUCAGUAUUCUCAUGGACAUUUUCAAGAUAGCCAGCUAUGUUGGCUACCUCCACUGUGAUUCUGCUGUUAAGGUUGCUUUCCCUGUUGUCCAGCUUAUUUUUAUACUUGUGCAGACAUACUUCUUGGGGAUGCAUGCCAAGGACUGUGCACAGCUACAAAAGAACAUUACACGCUGUGGGCUGAUGCUUACCCUCUCCACAAAUCUAGUUUUGUGGAUGACUGCAGUCACUGAGGAGUCCCUUCACCAAACAAUUAUUCCAGACUAUCCGAGCAACUCAACUAAAAUUUCUGGACGAAGCCUGUUCAUUGAAAAAGCAAGUUAUGGCAGCGAUAAGUGCAAAUGCAGCCACACUUCAUGCAGCAUGUUCAAGGAGGCCUACUACUACCUGUACCCCUUCCAUAUCGAGUACAGUCUCUUUGCCUCUGCCAUGGCCUAUGUCAUGUGGAAAAAUGUUGGUCGAGUAUCAGACGAGCACCACCACCACAACAUCAAAUUCCAUCUCAAGAAUGUAUUUCUCGGUCCUGUGUCGGGAUUUCUCUUGGUGAUCGCAGGUUUGGCAACCUUCAUUGUGUACGAGAUGGAAAUGAAGAAGCAUAACAGCAAUGGCAAGAAAGACACAUUUCUGAUGAUGCACUUCGUCAUGAAUAUAGUGAUAGUAACCCUUAUGUCUGUGACCACUGUGAUCGGCUGUGUCAUCUACAAGGUGGACCACAGAGAACAUGUGUCAGAGAAAAACCCCACUCGCAGCCUGGAUGUGGGGCUGCUGGUGGGUUGUUCAUUGGGUCAAUUCAUUAUCAGUUAUUUCACUAUUGUAGCUAUGGUGGGAACUGGAGCCAAGAGCUACCUGGACGGGCUCAACCUAGCGUGGGCUAUCCUGAUGAUAAUCCAGCUUGGCCUGCAGAACUUUUUCAUUGUCGAAGGGCUUCAUCGGGAGCCAUUCCACGAGGUUCAUCCAAUCUCCAGUGUUGUUGCAAAUCCAUAUGUGCUGCAGCCAAGCAAAGAGCUGGGCGGCCUUGAAGAGAAAGAAAUGGAUACCAAGCCAAGCCCAGUACUUACGGAGCGCAACCCGCAUGGACACACUACUGAGCACAGAUCCAAAUUGUCAUGGAAGAGAUGGGUGUUGAAGGAAGUCUGUGCGUUUUUGCUGCUGGCCAAUGUCAUACUGUGGAUCAUGCCAGCUUUUGGUGCUCGUCCCCAGUUUGACCACACCACCGAAACUAAAUUCUACAAGUUCAACAUGUGGGCUGCUGUCGUGAAUAUUGGACUUCCUUUUGGCAUCUUUUACCGUAUGCAUUCAGUUGCCAGUCUGUUUGAGGUCUACCUCACCACAUAA